AUGUCGCUGUUCGGUUCUUCUCCUACCGAGUCUGCACCACUCAACUCCAAAUCGUUGUUUGGUGACGAACCUGCUCGUCCUGCGACCAAUUCCUCCUUAUUCGCAGACGAUGCCGGCGAAUCGCCCUGGUCCAUGCCAACUCCCAAGAAGUCGGCGCGACAGAAUCUAGUCAAGAAUCUACUUCCAGCCACCGAUGUUCCAGACAGCUAUGUCGAUGCCUUUGAUGCCGUGCUCAAUGCGAAUGAGAGGACAGGGGUGGGAAUUGGUUUGGCUGGCAUCAAAAACGUUCUACAAAGCAGCGACCUCAGUGAGCAAGAGCAACACAAGAUCUUCAACUUUGUCGUACCAGGUGGUCAGGAAAGCGCCAAUGGGGUGGGAAGGAGCGAGUUUAAUGUGCUUCUCGCUCUUAUCGGUCUGGGUCAAGAGGGAGAAGACAUCACCCUUGACAGUGUCGAUGACCGACGGCGAAAGCUUCCACAGCCUCGAAUCGCCUACAUCGAUCGUCUAGAAUCCAGUGUCCCCCCGCCCAAGGCUCCUUCACCGCAGCAGACGAAACCGACGCCCGUAAACCUGAACAAAGCUCGACAAGACUCCUUUGGGGGUGAUCUAACCUCGGACCCAUGGGCCAGUCCUUCAAACAACAGAAUGCCUCCCUCAUCUGCUGCUCCUGCUCCUGCCCCUCCCUCACUGCCUAGCAAUGGCGUUUCCGUCACGGUCGAUAAGAGCGUAUCCAAUGGUAUGGUGAGAACUACAAGUACUUUCACCACAGCAGGCAACCGCUCGAGCUCAAGUGGCUCCCCAAACCAAUCUCGGUCCGCUGCAGGUGGCUGGAACUCCUUCAAUGGCAGCUCUGCAGACUUCUCGGAACAACCGACGCUGGGUGGUGGCUUUGGAGAUCCCGACGAUGGUCAAGGACCGAACCCUCCGAGUCAUGGACCAACCACUUCUAUCUCACAGAGCGUAACCAUCCCUCCUGGCACUGGUGAAUCUGUCAUUGUGUCAAUGCUUCCAGAGAAAGAAGGCAUGUUCCUUUUCCAGCAUCACAACUAUGAAGUAAAAACUGUUCGAAGAGGAAGCAGUGUCGUGAGACGAUAUAGUGACUUUGUUUGGUUGUUGGAUUGCUUGCAGAAGCGCUACCCUUUCAGACGAUUGCCAUUGCUGCCACCCAAACGAGUGCAAUUGAACGGGACUCAUCUUGCAGCCGAUGCCGCUAUCUUUCUUGAGAAGAGAAGAAGAGGUCUUGUUCGUUUCGCCAAUCAACUGGUCCAACAUCCCGUUCUUAGUCAGGAGACCUUGGUGGUUAUGUUUUUGACGGUCCCUACUGAACUUGCCGUAUGGCGAAAGCAAGCCACCAUUUCUGUCCAGGAAGAGUUCACCGGCAAGUCGCUUCCACCGACGCUUGAAGACAGCCUGCCCUCAAAUCUCCCAGAUCUAUUCGACCAGGUCCGAAUCGGGGUCAAACGAUCAGCCGAGAUUUACAUCAAUCUCUGUAUUCUAUUAGAACGUCUGAUCAAACGAAGCGAAGGCCUUGCGGCAGACAGUGCCAAACUCAGCCAGGCUUUGGCUCAUCUUACAGACAGCAGCGAUGACACUUAUGCUAUCGACAACAAUGACGUCCCUCUGUUGAAUGAGGGUAUCAAGUCUACAGCCAAACAUGUUGCCACCACGCAAACCCUCCUUGAGGAUGAGGCGAGGGCAUGGGACACCGGAGUGCUAGAGGACAUGAAAUCUAUCCGCGAUAGUCUUGUGUCUAUGAGGGACAUGUUUGAUCGAAGAGAUCGGUAUGCUCGUGACAACAUCCCUCAACUCGAGAGACGCAUUGAAGCUUCCGAGAACAAACUGCAACAGUUGCGACAAAAACCACCGGCGCAGAUAAAACCUGGAGAAUUGGAAAAGGUAGAGAGCAGUAUUAUGUCGGAUAAAGAGAGCAUUGUUCAGCAACAUGCACGAGGAGUAUUCAUCAAGGAGUGUGUUAGGGAUGAGAUUGUGACCUUCCAAGGCUCAAUUUACGCCAUCAGCCGGUUGCAUCAAGACUGGAGUCAAGAGCGAGUCAAGUAUGCUGAGUUGCAAGCGAACAACUGGAGAAGUUUGGUUGAUCAGGUUGAAAGUAUGCCGGUGGGAGAAUAA